GGCAUUGUGGAGAGCCAGGGAUUUUAGCGCGGGCACCAGUCGGCGUUUGACUUGAUCCUUAUGUUCCUCUCAUAGCGUCAAAGGGAUACCCGAAACGACGAAAGCUCGUACGGCGACUGUUUUCACUUGCUAAUUUCUCUUGCCAAAUAUUGCUGACAGGAGCCAUGACCGACAGGAAGGCUGUGAUCAAGAACGCUGACAUGUCUGAAGACAUGCAGCAGGAUGCAGUGGACUGUGCCACGCAGGCCAUGGAGAAAUAUAACAUCGAGAAGGACAUUGCCGCAUACAUCAAAAAGGAGUUCGAUAAGAAAUACAAUCCUACGUGGCAUUGCAUUGUGGGAAGGAACUUCGGCAGCUACGUGACCCAUGAGACGAAACACUUCAUCUACUUCUACUUGGGCCAGGUGGCCAUUCUCCUCUUCAAGUCUGGCUGAGUCCAGGCCCAACCAGAACCGUAGAAUGUAUCUCCAAUGAAGACUGUGAUGCACUGGUGGCUGACGUCAUCUACGAAUAUUAAACAAGACCAUACCAUGACUAUGCUGGCUGUGCACAACUGCAUGGAUCAUGUCCCAUACUACUUGUGUACAUGUUGCAGUUAAAUUGCUUUUCAUUAGAGGCCCAAGUUUUUGUUAAUGGUCCUUGCAGGUUUUUCCUAGCACAUAUGUUGUAAAAAUUUAAAAAACGAACAAAAAAAAUCUAUAAUAAAGAAAGUCAGAAAAUGUGAAGCAUUGACAAGCACAUAUGUCUGCUAUAAAUGGCUAUAUUUUUGGUGACUUAGUGCUGUAAUACAUUGAAUGCCAUGCGCUGUAUGUCAUUUUUGGGGUAUUUGGGUGACGGAUGGAAGCACAUUUGGUUGUAUGGUUUGAUUUAAAGCAUUCUGUUGUUAUAGAAAGAACGUUUGUGUCUGAAUACCUCUGCAGUAAAUGUAUAUUUUCUUUUCAUUUGAUGCUUGAGAGGUAUUGCGUUUGAGAGAACCCAUAUUGACUAUUUGAAAUGUCUGUCUGAAUAUACAACAGACUAGAUGUAAUUGAAGUGCACAUAUAAUAAAGUUUAAAAGCAAAACCCAUCAUACGUAACUCAUAUUACAACAUGCUAACUCCAUCAAGCUAGUCUUCUAAUGUAAUCUGCGGAACCGGUUUCUGUAUGUAAGUAGUUAAGGUUUGAGCGCACAGCCAAUGUCUUUGCCAUCUUCCUGUGUGCUGUUCCAGAUGAGUAGAAUUAAUUUGCAUGUGUUUGUUUUUGCCUUAUUUUUACAGUUCUGAUCUGUGCACAAUCAUAUGACUGUAUAGUUUGCACAUAGCAUAUGCCAUAUGCCCACUCAGGUACCGCCUAUGACAAAAGCGGCCUGUCAGAUUCAUUAAAAUGUGUGACUGAAA